AUGCAGGCAAUCAACUACCAUAAUUUCACAAUCCGAGUGGUUGAUCCGGGAGUUGAAGAACCAAGUUGCUCCUCCCUACCUCGCUAUUUCUUGUCUCAAUCCAAUUUCAGUGAUACUAAUCUUGUUCACGCCGCCGAUCCGUACAGAGCCACUCAAACCCAGUUGUUUGAAGUUAGUUCUUAUCAGAAGCGUAUUUUCGAGCACAUAAUUUGCAUGAAUUGUAGGCAUCCAGUGAAUGACAAUUCUAAGUACGUGAAUACUACUCCGUGCGUGAAGUGGCACUCCGAAGGCUAUAUAUAUGCUAUCGCUGGUGACUUAAAAGCAACGGACUUUGAAGUUGGUUGUCUUAUAAAGUUGGUUUCUCCCAUGUCUUGGUGGGGUUUGGAUUCAAAUCCAUAUUCCUACGCUAUGAUGAACAGGGCGCUAGUUUAUGGAUUUGAGAUGUGGUGGAUGCCUUUCGCCUGUAAGGAUCAUUGUGGAAACUCAAUGUUAGGUAAACAUUAA